AUGGCAUCCCCCACCCUCUCCCCCCCUCCGGCCUCCGUAGACACCGCAGCCCACGCCCUCUACGUCCUCCUCGACAGCAACCUGCCGACAGGCGGCUUCGUCGCCUCGUCCGGCCUCGAAUCGUACGCGAAACACGGCUUCCUCUCGCCCUCGCGCGCCUACGGAGUCGCCGACGCCCCCGAUAUCCGCGGCGCGCGCGCCGCCCCCGGCCGCGAAUGGGGCGCCGGCCGCGCGCCGCAAAGCGCCGCGCCCCUCGGCCCGUCCAAAGCCGGCCCGGCGCUCGCGCAGUUCGCCGCCGCCGAAGUCGACAACUUCGCAGCCAGCACGGCAUGGUACCUCCGCGAAGCGUGGGCGUGCGUGCGCGCCGCCCUCGCCGCCACGGAAGACGGACCCGAGGGGUCAGAGGAGCCAGAGGAGCCGGAAGGUACACAGAUGGCGGUCGCCCGCCUCGUGCGCCUCGACGAGAUGCAUGAGGCCACGCUGCUGUCGCAUGUCGCGCGGCGCGCGUCGCGCGCACAAGGCGUCGCGCUGCUCACGCUGUAUGCGCGCGGAUUGAGUGCGCCCCCGGGCGUGUAUGAGGCGGACGGGGAGGCCGGGUGUGCCGACGGCACGGUGGACGAGGGCGGCGAGGGCGGCGACGCGCGCGCAGCGGCCCUCGUGGCAGCGUACAAGCGCGCUGUGCGGCGGGGCGCGCCCGGCCACUUGGCCGUGUGUUUUGGCGCCGUGUGUGCCGCGCUCGGCAUUGACUAUGACACCGCGCACCACCUGUACCUCUUCACACACGCGCGGUCGCUUCUGUCCGCCGCCGUGCGGCUCAAUGUCGUCGGGCCGUAUCUCUCGACGCAGCUCCUUGCGCAUCCCUUGCGGAGGACCAUCGCAGGGGCUAUGAAGAGCGAGGCAGCAGGCCCCGAAACAGACGGGUUUGAGGGAGAGGGGGGAGACGAGUGGGCAUGGGCCGAGGAGGCGGAGCGCGGACCCGCGACGACUUGGCCCCUCGGCGAGAUCCUUGCGGCUAGGCAUGACUUGCAGCAUUCGCGCAUCUUCAACUCGUGAUGCAGAGGAAAGGCGACGGGAGGGAAAGGGGGAGACGGGCCCGUGUAACAAAGCACCGCAUAGCAUAGCAUGGCAUAGCACCACAUAGCAUAAUUGACCAAUGUACAUUCUUAGACGC